AUGAAAUUUGGUUGCCUUUCCUUCCGGCAACCCUAUGCAGGAUUGGUUUUAAACAAGGUCAAAACAGUGGAGACUCGCUGGCGUCCUUUGCUAGCAGACUACAAGAACUGCACCAUUGCUCUUCAUAUAGCUGUUAAGGACUGGGAAGACGAAACAUGGAGAACAAUUCUUUUGAAUAGGUUUGGUAUGACACCAAAACAAGUGCAGGAUUUGUUGGAUAAAGGGGAAAAAUUUGGCAGAGGAGUUAUUGCAGGAUUAAUUGACAUUGGAGAGACAUUGCUAUAUCCAGAAAACUUGCCUCCUGAAAAGAUUCUGGAGCUGGAAAACAAAGCUGUCCUCAGUAAUCUAGAGCAGAAAUACUUGACUGUUGUUUCCAAUCCAAGAUGGCUCCUGGAACCAAUUCCUGCCAGAGGGGGAAAAGGUGUGUGGCAGGUGGACAUCCCUGAAGAACUGAUCCCUUCAGAAGUGUAGGUGUUGCCCCUCACUAUUAUUUUUC